AUGCUUCUCCUCCGUCCCCUGAUUGCUAUCGCCUCCGUGGCUGGCCUGGUCCUCUCGCAAAACACCUCCUCCAUUGACCCAAAUAGCGUCCCGAUUGAUACAAGAAAGCAAUGGUGUCAGUCUCAGACCUCGUCAUGCCCAUUACUCUGUUAUCAGUUGCCAAACACAUCGGGGUCACCCAAAGAAAACACAUGCGACCCUAAAACACUCCAAUACCAAUGCAUCUGCAGCAAUGGCCUGAGCCCCAACUCGUCUCAGUACUCACAGACCAUCCCAUACUUCAUUUGCACUGAAGAGAAUGACGAAUGUGUCACCCAAUGCAAUGGUGACUCGAGCUGCCAGUCAGAUUGCCGGUCUCAGCACCCCUGUGGUGCACAGAACCCCAAGCGUGUAAAUGUCACGUCUACCGCUGCAUCCACUACUGCCGCAGCCACAACUUCCCUUCCACCUUUCACUGGAGUCCCUGACAAGGGUGCAGCAGCCAGGCCAUCGACUGAUCUUGGUCAGGUAUACGGCCUGGUUGUAGUUGUGGGAGCUUUCCUGGCCGGGUUUACGACGUUGCUUUGA